GUGUGGGAUCUGUAUAGCAAUCGGGUGGUGCCAUGGUGGUGCACAGGAAUCCCCAAUGACGGCAACUGGAUGGACCAGCUUCGGCCAAUCUCACAUGCAUGGAUGGAUGAGAAGGAUCAUGUCAAUGAGUGGACACCCAUCAACAGAUAUGAAUGGCCAGUUCCCAUUCCGAAAGACACCAAUCUCAACCUCAUCUGCAUUGAGAUGCUCAAUCUUGAUGGGGGGUAUGUUUGGCUGGAUGUUCUCUGUUUGAGACAGGAGGGUGGACUGGGGGAGGAAUCAGAGGAUAUGCGCAUGGAAGAGUGGGAGCUGGAUGUGCCCACUAUUGGAGCAGUAUAUCAUACAUCCUGGAAUGUGGUGUGUUACUUGAGUGGGCUGGGUCAGCCUUUGAGUUUGAAGGAGGGUGACUUGGAUAGUGACCGGAGUUGGUUUAGACGUGCUUGGACACUAGAAGAGAUUGGAGACAAGAGGGUGAUUGCAGGGGACACACCAGAUGGACCACUGCAUGCUGAAGAUAAGGAUGGGGAAUAUGAGACUGAGCUACUAGCCAGGUUUCACAAGCAGCUGCAGUCUAUGAAGGGCAUUUCAUAUGGUGAUGUGUGUGCAGUGCUGAAGAGCAUGCAGAAACGGGUGUCAACAAACCCAGUGGACAAAGUUGCAGGACUGGCAUUUCUCAUGGGGUCUGAGAUGAUACCAGCAUACCAUGAGAGCCAGUCUCUUGAGGAGGCAUGGGUAGCACUCAUGAAUUCGGUGGAUGUGAUGUGUCAGGGGCAGUUGUUUUUCUUGUGUCCUGAACCGGGAAAUGCAGGCACAAAAUGGAGGCCAUCAUGGGACCAGGUUAUGAUGAAGUCUCUGCCUGAAUAUGAUUUUGCUCCCAACAUUCAGCUUUAUUGCGAUGAGACAGGGAAUGAAGACUGGUGUUCGGAUGUGGUCUGUAUUGAAAAGGGGUCGGUGCGGGGGUUGGCUGUUGUGGAAGGGAGUGAUCGACAUGGAGAGUUGAUUGUUAAGGAUGAGGGUGGGAUAGAACAUCGAUUUGAGAUCAUGGCCACCCACACAUACUCGAUACCUGAAGACACCUACACACUGAUCUCUGCCUCCACUGAACUUACCUUUCCACGCUAUGGUUGGGUUGUUGGGCGAAGUCUGCCAGGGGGAAAGUUUGAGAAGGUGUCAGUGCUGGAAAUUCCUGAUGAAGAAUAUUACAGGUUAGGGGGUCUGUGUAUUACUGAUUGGGGUCAAUAUAUUCUUAUUUGA